UUCUAAACGGAUGGGUAGGAUGCCCGGAACCAACAGAGGAUGUGAAAGGAGUAGUGGAUAAUGAACAUGGCUGCAUCAUCUGCAACCUUCUCUCCACCCGUAAUCUCCUUGAUUUUCAAGCCUAAAACUGCUUGUCUGGUCACCGCCCGGAACUCAUUUUCUCAAUUCUACGAUCCUAAACUUACUUUUCCCUCCACUCAAUCUUCGGAAAGAAGAUCAUGUUUUCUGCAUUUACCAGAAGCAGUCUGGUCAAAACCCACCAAAAGUUGGAAACUUUCUGCUACUUAUGGCAGUUUUUUGCUUUCAGAAGCAAGCCCAGUUCAGACUUCUGAAGAAAUAGUUUCCACAAGUGGUGGUGGUGGCACCACUGUCGUAUCGGCUCUUUUUUUCAUUGCCUUUCUCAGUUUAUCCGUUCUUACCGUAGGGGUUGUCUACAUAGCUGUAACAGACUUCUUGCAGAAGAGGGAGAGAGAGAAGUUUGAGAAAGAAGAGGCUGCUAAGAAGAAGAAAAGUGGCAAAAAGGGGAAAGUUAGAGCUAGAGCUAGAGCUGGACCAAGAGGCUUUGGACAGAAGUUUGAAGAAGAUGAUGAUGUAGAUGCAGCAGACUGAUUGCUAUCUCUUAGAACAUCAUAAAUUUGCAACUUCCAUGAUGGUAAAAUUGUUCCCAUUACAUUGUGGUGAACAUUGUUGUUUUCUUUAGAUGUUCUUGGUUUGUUUGGCAGUUUCAUUAGCUCCUUAGGAAACACUAUGAAAUUCUAUUGUUAUAUGGAAAAGAAAAUUGUUUACAAGUUGAAAACCGCCCCUUAGAUGCUUGUUGAAAAUUUUUCUAUGUGUAGAGCUUGGACAAUUUCCAGGGAUUUUUCUGACCUUCACUGAGGAGAGUAACCAAUUAUUUGGCGCAUUCAUUUGUUAACAUCUGAUUGUAAAGGUGAACUCCAUAAAAAAUGAGUGUAGAAAACAUAAGUGAGGGGAUUUUCGGAA